GAGUAAAAUAAUGUACUCAUUUUCCAUGACUUAAUUGGACGUAUAUACCCGUUGUAUGAUCAACCCUUCACCACGUCUUUUCUUCUUCAACAAUCAUCAUACAUUACAAUUGACACAAAGCAUUUCGUCGAACACCUGGUCUGCUUCUUAAAUCAACCAACAAUGGCGACAUCUUUCACUCUCAUCCCUUCAUCCUCCCUCAACUUCCUUCAAAACCCAUCAACAUCUCCAUCCUCUUCUUCUUCUUCUUCAUAUUUCUUCAAUGGUGGAACUGCAACACUCCUGUUCACACGUAACCCCAACACUUACAAGACCUGCUGUGUCUCUUUCUCCUCGUCACAAUUCAACAAGUUUCACGGCAAUCGCCGUGGUGGGUUCCUCGUGUUCGCGGCUGCGGAUUAUUAUUCGACUCUUGGUGUUUCAAAAUCUGCCACUAGUAAAGAUAUUAAAUCUGCAUAUCGAAAAUUGGCUCGUCAGUAUCAUCCAGAUGUCAAUAAAGAACCAGGAGCUACAGAAAAGUUUAAGGAGAUCAGUGCUGCCUAUGAGGUUCUAUCAGAUGACCAAAAAAGAGCAAUGUAUGAUCGGUAUGGGGAAGACGGAGUUAGAAGUACCGUAGGGGGACAAUCCGGUGCUUAUGCGACGAAUCCGUUUGAUCUAUUUGAGACGUUUUUUGGAACAAGUAUGGGUGGCUUUGCUGGUGGUGACCCGUCUGGAUUUGGAGGACGUCGCGCCCCUACUGUUGUUAAAGGUGAAGAUAUACGAUACGACGUGAGAUUAGAAUUUUCAUCGGCUAUAUUCGGGACCGAAAAGGAAUUUGAACUCUCUCAUCUCGAAACAUGUGGCGCAUGCACGGGAACAGGGGCAAAGGUAGGAUCAAAGAUGAGAGUAUGCUCCACAUGUGGUGGCAGAGGUCAAGUUAUGAGAACAGAGCAAACACCGUUUGGUAUGUUCUCACAGGUGUCUGUAUGCCCAAAUUGUAAUGGGAAUGGUGAAAUGAUAUCUGAAUAUUGUCGAAAGUGCUCUGGUGAAGGGCGAAUUCGCGUGAAGAAAGAUAUCAAAGUCAAAAUCCCACCUGGAGUCAGCAAGGGUAGUAUCCUUAGAGUUGCCGGUGAAGGUGAUGCGGGCCCAAAAGGAGGUCCUCCUGGAGAUCUUUACGUCUACCUCGACGUUGAAGAAAUUGCGGAGAUUCAAAGAGAUGGCGUUAAUCUGCUUUCAUCCGUCUCAAUAUCGUAUCUUGAUGCUAUAGUGGGGACGGUUGUCAAGGUGAAGACGGUCGAGGGGAUGACCGAACUUCAGAUCCCUGCAGGUACUCAACCCGGUGAUAUUCUUGUUUUGGCAAAGAAAGGUGUUCCGAAACUGAAUAGACCUUCCAUUCGUGGUGAUCAUUUGUUCACCGUUAAAGUUACUAUACCAAAACAAAUCAGUGGCCAAGAACGCGAACUUCUAGAAGAACUUGCUUCUCUCAGUAGCCCUGCGUCCAUCCGUCCUCGCUCUCGCCCCGAUGCUCAGCAAACCGCUAAAAUAACAGAAACGCAAGCGGAACCUGUUGCUGAGGAAAGUAACGGUUCAGAAGAUCAAGAUGACCCGUUGAAGAAGCUAACAAACUUUGUCGGGUCUGUAGUAAAAGGAGGUUUGAAUUGGUUGAAGAACAACUUGUAGAUCUCGUUCUUCGUCUUAAUUAUUCUUGACGUAGCAGGGACCGACCCGUCUUUAUAUGGAUGCUAAAAGGAUAUCCUCUUCGGAUUCUGUUGAAAAAACUGGUGAAAGGAUUCUUGAAUUGUAUAGAAAACACAUCUUGAAAUUUUGGUUGACACAAUACAGUCGAUUUGUGUAUGUAAAACGCUCAUAGAUACUUUCGUAGUUUAAAGCAAAAGAAUUCAAACAACAGGAAGUGUUAUCGUUACACAGGCUUGUAUUGCUUUGGCAAACGGAUUAUGCCCCGAGCUUCAACAAAAGUUUUACAUGAACUUGAACCCGACAAAAAUA